GCUGCUGCUGGGCGUUGAUUUCGCUUUCGUUAGAAACUUCCGCCUUUUGCAUGGCUGCUGGUGUGCUUCCACAGCUCUUGAUUAGAAUGUAAUAUCGAUUAGUCGAUAAGGUUGAAAGUAAAUAAACUUAAAUAAAUAUGAAGAUGUCGCGUGGAUGUGGUUACAUGCUGCUGCUGGUGGUCUUGUUCAUCGCUGUUGUUUCAGGUGUGGUGGGGGUUGUGAGGAAGAAAGUGGGAGAUGAAGCUCGUUUUCAAUCUGACAAAACUGCUCUUAAAGACAGCAGCAUCACAUGGAAAUAUUCAGCUGGUGGUGAGGUGAUAAAGGUGGUUGAAUGGGACAAUGACUUUCAGACUGAAGAAAUUCUGAAUCCUAAAUUCAAGAAUCGUGUAGCUCUCGAUAGGAACAAUGGAGAACUCACCAUAAGAAAUUUACAGCUGGGCGAUACUGGAAGUUAUUCCAUUGAGAUCAACAAUAAAGAGGAGAAAAAAAUCAGCUUGAUUGUUAAAGAGGGUGUCAACAAUCCAAAAUUAGAACACGAGGAAACAAAAGAAAACCCUGAUGUAAUAUAUUUGAACUGUAAUAUAAUACCUAUAUCACAAUAUAAUGAAAAUAUAAACUGGACUUGUUCAGAAGGAAAAAAUCCAUUUAUCCUAAAUCCGGGAAAGGGAAAACAAGGAGAGUCCAUAACAAUCAGUAGAACCAAGAACCCAGAUGUCUGCUGCAACUGUACACUCUUCAAUGAAGUGGAUGAGAAAACCAGCAAUACGCUCUGUAUAAAAGAUCUGCCUGCUUCUUCAGGAGGUCUCGGUGUAGGAGCUAUCUUUGGGAUUGUGAUUACUGUCAUCUUUAUCAUCAUCAUUCUCUUCGUCUUGUACUACUUCCAUGACUGCAUUUAUAGAUUUGUUCGUGAACAAUAUCAAAAGAUUAUAAGAUGGUUCAAUGGAGGUGAGGAGAGUGACACAGAUGCAGGAAAGAAUAACGGAAUAGGAGCUGACCGUGACCCCCAAGCAGGUGUGCCUCUUGCAUCUCAAACUUCCAACUAAGAGGAAUACAUAAACAAAUUGUGAGAAAAUAAGAUGUCUGCUUCAUAGAAAUGUUGGUCUGUUCUCUGCAGAUCAUCGACAUGAAGCCUCCCUUUCAUCCGAUAAUUUUUUAAAAAUUGGGACAAUUGUUAUUUUUUUAUUCAGUCUUAUUGGCAUUUAAUCAAUGUUUAAUUUUGCUGGCUUUGGUGUACAUGCCCCCUUACUGUUUUUUGAUCUAUGUGCUCAGGUAAGGAUUAGUUAACAGUAUAUCUGCUUUUGUAAGGACAAAGGUCUUUUGAGUAAAGCAUUUGGUAUACGAGUUGAAGUCAUGAGUCAGAUUUUAUCCUGUGUAAGUUGGAGGCACGAUAGUAUUCAUAUUGCAAGAUUGUUGUUGUCCAUCCAGGAAUUUUGUGCAUGUGUUGACUGCAGUCAGCAAAAUGUGCUUUAAUAUUAUAUGUAAUAGCUGUUCACUAGCAGUCAACAACUGAAAUGCAAUUUUUUUUUAAAUGAAGCACUGUUUAUUUUGUAUGAAUUCUAUGAAUAAACUUCUCUAUGAAUUUUAAUAGGAAUUUUGAGUUUCAGAAACAAAAGGCGCGCUCACAUUAUCCCAACCAAACCGCACAGAGCGUGUUUGACUCCCAAAAUCUGGUUAGUUUGACUAGUGUGAUCCCAGUUUGGUUAUUCACGCCCUGGCUGGCUUGCAGAGGUGGGCACAGUUUACUUGGGCUCAUGCGCGGAAACGUGUGAUUGUGGUUCAGAAGAAGAGACAUUAAUUGUGUGACCACCUACCUUCAUCUGCCUUUUAAGAAAAACUUUUCACACAGCAGGGUUAAGUGAAUGUCUGAGCUGCACACGCGACAGAUCAACUAAGCCAUAUAAUAGCCAUGUGAGAGGGCUGUGUGUCAACGCUCACUAAACGACUUGGAGAAUAAAAAACAGACUUGACAUUCCAAUGAGCUCUAAUGUUAAGAGAGCGCUUUAUUUCCUGUUUUCUUUAAUACAAUCACAUCCUAAUGAUGAAAGCAUCGGAUCGGUCAAAGUACAGUGUGAGUGCAUGCUUAUGGGGGAGUAGGGAGGGAGACAAUUGUGUUAGGCACGGUUUGGUUAAGUUGGGUAUGAUAUGCGUGCACCCUAAUGGUGUAAAUAAGAUGUGGAAAAGCAUCAAAGUUUCAUGGACCGUAUAAACACAGAGAGAUCACUCUCACAGUUGGUCCUCUAAAUAAUCAAACAUAUAAAAAUAUGCUGAAGUAUUUUUUUAAAUGUCUUCCUUCAAAUCAGAAAGAUUAAGCGGCCCGCAGUUCCCCUUUUUCAGGACCUCAUCUGCUCUGAGCCAACUGUGUAAACCCUGUUAUGCAUUUCUUGGACUUUCCACUGUUUGGGUGUGGUGUAUCUUGACUCAUCUCACUUUUAGUUUGUUGUUUUUAGAGAUCAAUAGUCAAAUUUGUAGUUUGUAUUACUCUAUUAAUUUUUUCAUUCUUUAUUAAAACAGCACUGUCUAUUUAUAUUAGUAUAUUUAAAAUGUUUUGCUUUCUUUUUCACUUUUUAUUAUUAAAAAGUUGAUUGAUGAAAUUCUAGUUGGUGAAAUUCUAAUAAUUGUUUUUUCUACUACAUUUGAAACAUUGGUUUUUAAAGCAAGAAUGACGUUAAUCAGAUAUCAGGUGACUGACUUUAAAAGGUCUGCUAUAUAGAGAGCACCAUUAAAUGAUAAUGCAGUUUAGAUUAUGACAAAAAUGAUCCAUGUUAUAAACGAGAGGUUGUAAACCUUUCUAUGCUUUUAAAGAUUUUGUGUUGUGUGUUUUCUGGCAUUUGAAUGUUAAUAGAAUGUACGCAUCAGGUUCUCAUGUUUAUUUCUUGCAUGUUGCUGACUUUAUUUUUUAUUUUUUUUCUUCGAAAAGAGGAACAUCACUUGAACACUAACUAACUGACUUACAGUAAUGGGGUGGUCACACUAGACUUUAAUGAGAUGCAAAAAAAAAAGUGCAUGCUCAGAGAACGGUCACACAGUGACGUACCUCUGUUCUUUUAUAUCACGUCUAAACGUAUACCUUUGCCCAAACGUGCAUUUCCGGUGCAUAUUAAUGGAAGUCAGUGGGGAAAAAUGUAGUGUGACUGUGGUGGGGGACUUUUGAGGGCUUUUUUUACACUGAGCUUAACCCACGCUUUUAUUUUUAAGUCUGAGUUUAAAAUACUUUAACCCUUUUAACAUUUCACACUUGUCAUUUUUAGAUGGUUUGAGUGGGGGGUUGUAAGUCUUUGUUUUGUAACCCAGCUUGGCAUUCUUGGCAAAGUUUUUUAAGUGUUAACCCCAGACUGUGUUACCAAAGUAAAUUUGUGAGAAACCAUACAGCUUUACAGUGUUACAGUAGGCUUGCAACGGAAAACCAAUCAUAAGUCGUAUAUUCCAGAAACUUCUGGUUUGUAUUUUUCUUUUAUUAGGAAAAUGAAUGAAAAGAUAAUCCUGUGGUUGUUUUGCUUAGGUUUUAGAGUAAUCCUGGGUUAAAAGAGUGGUAAUAACUGGCUGUUUUUCUUUAAGAAAUGCUUAGAAAAAAAUGCAGAGGUCAUCUGCGUACAAUGAAUUUGUAGAUUAAUUUGCUUCAGCUGUUCUAAAGAUCUUCUAAAAAUAAUGUAAAUUGUCACAAACAGUUAUAGGUCAGCCGUAGAUGAUUUUGCUUUUUUAUGUGUGUUCAUGUUUUUCUUUAUUGCACAUGAACUUAAAGGUGGUGUGUGUAAACUUUAGUGACAUCUAUUGGUGAGAUUGUAAAUUAAAACCAAUAGCUCACCCCUUAAUUUCAAAACACAUAUGGUAGCUGUCACAGGAGAAACAGGGCAUCGCAUCGUAGGGACGAAACACGCUCUAUAGAGAAGUUUGCCCAUUUAGGGCUACUGCCAGUGACUUCCAUGUAAGAAGACCGGUGGUGAGAUAAAACAGCUCAUCUUGAUUAUAAAACCAAUGCAGUUCAUUAUUUAAAGUCUGUAUACACAACUUAUGAUAUUGUUAUGUUUAUUAUAUUGCAUUUCUGUCAAGAGAUCCUUCUAAAGGUUACACAAUUCACCUUUAAGUUGUAUGUGUUUAUUUUGGUUAAACAAAAGUUUGUGUACUUGUCAUGCAUGGCCAUAUUUACCGUUGCAUUUAUAUUUUGCAGGGGAAAUUUACAAAUCUCAUUAUUGACCAAUAGAUGCUUGGUUUGUCAUUGACCUUUUGUGUGGGUGGAGCUUUGUUUGCAUCUAAACUAAGUAUUUUAAAGACUGAACUUUUUUGUGCGAAAUUUUGCACUGUAAAUGUGGCAAUGCAUUUAGUUAUUUUAUAUUUAAACAGUAGCUUUUUUGCCAAUGUCUAAUUGCUCUGAAAUAUCAUAUUGUCUGUAAAAACAUACUUUGAUUUUUGCCAUUAAAUAUGAUAAUGCUACUAGUAA